AUGACUUUGACUGACACGUCACCCUAUGAUGAACUGAAGGAGCUUUCAAUAAAAUAUCAGUCUGAUCCUGAUCUGUCUGUGGAGAGAAGUGUAGUAUCUGGUGAGGUAGGGGGUAACGUGAGUGUGAAGUGUCACUAUAGUAACAAAUACAGAGGCAAAAAGAAGAGUUGGUGCAGUUUCAAAGGCCCAAAGUGUUCAUCAGUGGGGGGGUCAGUAGCACCUGCUGGCACAAAGUCCCAGAUCAGGGAUGAUGGGGCUGGAACUCUGAGUGUUGAGAUGGUGGGGGUGAAGGAGACAGACACAGGCUGGUACUGGUGUGAGGUGGGAGAUCUGCAGAUACCCGUUUACCUGAACAUCACACAACCAGCUGCAAGUAUGUUUACAAUUCAUUUGGCUGAAAUGUUCACUUAGAAACUUUAUUGUAAAGAUGUUGGACAACACACCUUUUUAUGUGUGAAAUUCUGUAUAGCUUUCCAGAACGCUAAACCAGAACCUGUAACCACAGCCCUGAAGAAACAGAAAAGUAUUUAACAUAUCGUAGUCUGAAUACAUAAUCACAGUCACAUUAGCUGCACACACACACAAAUGAAUAACUGCCGGUGGGUAAGUUUCA